CUAGCUAACGCUCUGGAGUCCAUGACAUCAUUUUCGAGUUGAAAUGUCGAGUCGCUGAUCCAUUGCGUAACUUGCCUCUUGCAAUCAUCUCCAUCGUAUUCAUCAACAUUUUGUGACGCUAUCCUGGGCUAUGGACUCAUUACCAAUUGAUGUGUCUCAUCCUGCAGUGCAGGACUACCUUUCCCUUGUUCGGCUACAGGUCCUCACCCCUUUAUCACUUUUGAUUAACAUUGCGACGCUACUUGUGUGCUCAAUCAUCGUCAAGCCCUCAGUGGGGUCCAUUAUCAACUCGCACCCUACAUCGAUAUCUCCUUCGCCAAACCUCAUUGCUGCUUAUGUGAUCGCUAUAUUUCUUGGGCAAAUAGGCUACUGCACAUUACUGGUUGUAGCCAGGAAGCCGGAGACGAAGACAACGCUAGUGAGAGGAGUUGGUCUCUCCCUCGUUUUUGCAAACUGGUUGAUGGCUCUUUGGGCCGUGUGUUGGAUUUUUGAGUUUUUCUUACUCUCGACGAUACUCCUUGGACUCCUGGUUCUAUGUUUGUUGUAUUCGAACAUCGCGCUUCUCACAUACCAUCCUCCCACAUCCUCCCGUCCUCUCGACAUGGCACUUAUUCACGCUCCACUGCGUUUCUUCCUCGUUCUUCCUCUAUCCUUGCUGUUUCCCUAUUCACUCUUCCUCACUCUGGGGUUAUCAUACUCACCCGGUCACCCGGAACAUUACGACCGUUUUGCCUGGCCUGGAUUUGGGGUUACAUUCGGCACAAAUAUAAUUGGUCUGGUCGUGGUGCUAAUGCGCUGUGAUAUCGUGUGGGCUGUUGCAGCUACUUGGAUCUGUGCAAGUAUAUGGAGCGCGAGGCCAAAACCUGCUCCUGUUUAUAUCACUGUUAUUUUGUUCACCGUACUUCACCCUUUGGCUCUCUUAGGAACGCUCCUCUAUCGCCGACUUACCAAUAGGGAAGGGAGAAUUGCACUGCCCAUUCAUGAAGAACAUGAUACAGGAGCACCGAACGGGCGUGGUCCGCGAGAGGUGGAUACUGCUCUCUGGGGCUCUGGCUGAGUAGUGAGCAGCACUCGGAGAUUCUAAAUCCCCUUGAUCCUUCCCUCUCCGUUGGGACGUUACGUGAACGCUUUUUAUGGUCUGAUUCCCGUUGGUUACAUACUACUAUAUGGAUCCUUUCCUCUCCGUUAGGCUGUUACGUGAAUGUUAUAUUUGGUCUGAUUGUUACAUACUACUGCACACAAAAGACGAAAAAUAAUAUGGGUAAGUGGCUGCACGUGAUGAGUGUA